AUGAUGGGAAGUUAUGAUUAUUGUGUUUUCCUGUGUGUCCGCUCUGUUCCACUGACCUGCCAUCAAGAGGCGCUGCUGCGACGAGUCCUGGUCUCGCCCACGGUCACGCCCACGGUCACGCCCACGGUCUCGCCCACGGUCACGCCCACGGUCUCGCCCACGGUCACGCCCACGGUCACGCCCACGGUCACGCCCACGGUCUCGCCCACGGUCACGGUCACGCCCACGGUCACGCCCACGGUCACGCCCACGGUCACGCCCACGGUCACGCCCACGGUCACGCCCACGGUCACGCCCACGGUCACGCCCACGGUCACGCCCACGGUCUCGCCCACGGUCACGCCCACGGUCUCGCCCACGGUCUCGCCCACGGUCACGCCCACGGUCACGCCCACGGUCACGCCCACGGUCUCGCCCACGGUCUCGCCCACGGUCACGCCCACGGUCUCGCCCACGGUCACGCCCACGGUCACGCCCACGGUCACGCCCACGGUCACGCCCACGGUCACGCCCACGGUCACGCCCACGGUCACGCCCACGGUCACGCCCACGGUCACGCCCACGGUCACGCCCACGGUCACGCCCACGGUCACGCCCACGGGUCACACGGUCACGCCCACGGUCACGCCCACGGUCACGCCCACGGUCACGCCCACGGUCACGCCCACGGUCACGCCCACGGUCACGCCCACGGUCACGCCCACGGUCACGCCCACGGUCACGGUCACGCCCACGGUCACGCCCACGGUCACGCCCACGGUCACGCCCACGGUCACGCCCACGGUCACGCCCACGGUCACGCCCACGGUCACGCCCACGGUCACGCCCACGGUCUCGCCCACGGUCACGCCCACGGUCUCACACUGGUCUCUGUUUCUGGUUGUUGUCUCCAAGAUCUGGGAGAACGACCGGGACACGUCAGGACGACCGAGACACGUCAGGACGACCGAGACACGUCAGGACGACCGGGACACGUCAGGACGACCGAGACACGUCAGGACGACCGAGACACGUCUGAACGACCGAGACACGUCAGGACGACCGAGACACGUCAGGACGACCGAGACACGUCAGGACGACCGAGACACGUCAGGACGACCGAGACACGUCAGAACGACCGAGACACGGCAGGACGACCGAGACACGUCAGGACGACCGAGACACGUCAGGACGACCGAGACACGUCUGAACAACCGAGACACGUCAGGACGACCGAGACACGUCAGAACGACCGAGACACGUCUGAACGACCGAGACACGUCUGAACGACCGAGACACGUCAGGACGACCAAGACACGUCAGGACGACCGAGACACGUCAGGACGACCGAGACACGUCAGGACGACCGGGACACGUCAGGACGACCGAGACACGACGACCGAGACACGUCUGAACGACCGAGACACGUCAGGACGACCGAGACACGUCAGGACGACCGAGACACGUCAGGACGACCGAGACACGUCAGGACGACCGAGACACGUCAGAACGACCGAGACACGUCAGGACGACCGAGACACGUCUGAACGACCGAGACACGUCAGGACGACCGAGACACGUCAGAACGACCGAGACACGUCUGAACGACCGAGACACGUCAGGACGACCAAGACACGUCAGGACGACCGAGACACGUCAGGACGACCGAGACACGUCAGGACGACCGAGACACGUCAGGACGACCGAGACACGUCAGGACGACCGAGACACGUCAGGACGACCGAGACACGUCAGGACGACCGAGACACGUCUGAACAACCGAGACACGUCAGGACGACCGAGACACGUCAGAACGACCGAGACACGUCAGAACGACCGAGACACGUCAGAACGACCGAGACACGUCAGAACGACCGAGACACGUCAGAACGACCGAGACACGUCAGGACGACCGAGACACGUCAGGACGACCGAGACACGUCAGGACGACCGGGACACGUCAGGACGACCGAGACACGUCUGAACGACCGAGACACGUCAGGACGACCAAGACACGUCAGGACGACCGAGACACGUCAGGACGACCGGGACACGUCAGGACGACCGAGACACGUCAGGACGACCGAGACACGUCAGGACGACCGGGACACGUCAGGACGACCGAGACACGUCAGGACGACCAAGACACGUCAGGACGACCGAGACACAGGUCCGUUCAGAACAACCUCCACUCGCCCCGAACGUCCUCGGCGACUCACCCAGCGCUCCUCGACUCAGUCCAGUCUCUAA